CCUUUCUGCUCGCGAACGCCACGGAGGAAGCAUCUUUCGGCCUUCUCUCCUCACCGCCGUCAUGUCGAAGUCAGAGUCUCCCAAGGAGCCCGAACAGCUGCGGAAACUCUUUAUCGGAGGAUUGAGCUUUGAAACAACAGAUGAGAGUCUGCGGAGCCAUUUUGAGCAAUGGGGGACACUUACGGACUGUGUGGUGAUGAGAGAUCCAAACACCAAGCGCUCCAGAGGCUUUGGGUUUGUCACCUACUCCACUGUGGAGGAGGUGGACGCAGCCAUGAAUGCACGGCCACACAAGGUAGAUGGCAGAGUCGUGGAACCAAAGAGGGCUGUCUCACGAGAAGACUCGCAAAGACCGGGCGCCCAUUUAACGGUGAAAAAGAUCUUUGUCGGUGGCAUCAAAGAAGACACUGAAGAGCACCACCUACGAGAUUAUUUUGAGCAAUAUGGGAAAAUUGAAGUGAUUGAAAUCAUGACUGACCGAGGCAGUGGCAAGAAGAGAGGCUUUGCUUUUGUGACUUUUGAUGACCAUGACUCCGUAGAUAAGAUUGUCAUUCAGAAAUACCACACUGUGAAUGGCCACAACUGUGAAGUACGAAAAGCCCUGUCGAAGCAAGAGAUGGCCAGUGCCUCCUCCAGCCAAAGAGGUCGAAGCGGUUCUGGAAACUUCGGUGGUGGCCGAGGUGGCGGUUUUGGUGGGAAUGACAACUUUGGUCGGGGCGGAAACUUCAGCGGCCGUGGUGGCUUUGGUGGCAGCCGCGGUGGUGGUGGAUAUGGCGGCAGUGGGGAUGGUUAUAAUGGAUUUGGUAAUGAUGGUGGUUAUGGAGGAGGCCCUGGUUACUCUGGAGGAAGCAGAGGCUAUGGAAGUGGUGGACAGGGUUAUGGAAACCAGGGCAGUGGCUAUGGCGGGAGUGGCAGCUAUAACAACGGCGGAGGCGGCUUUGGCGGUGGUAGUGGAAGCAACUUUGGAGGUGGUGGAAGCUACAAUGAUUUUGGCAACUACAACAAUCAGUCUUCCAAUUUCGGACCAAUGAAGGGAGGGAACUUUGGAGGCAGAAGCUCUGGCCCUUACGGUGGUGGAGGUCAAUAUUUUGCCAAACCACGAAACCAAGGUGGCUAUGGUGGCUCAAACAGUAGCAGUAGUUAUGGCAGUGGCAGAAGAUUUUAAAUGACUACCAGGAAACAAAGCUUAGCAGGAGAGGAGAGCCAGAGAAGUGACAGGGAAGCUACAGGUUACAACAGAUUUGUGAACUCAGCCAAGCACAGUGGUGGCAGGGCCUAGCUGCUACAAAGAAGACAUGUUUUAGAAAUACUCGUGUAUGGGCAAAAGAACUUGAGGACUGUGUUUGUGACUAAUUGUAUAACAGGUUAUUUUAGUUUCUGUUCUGUGGAAAGUGUAAAGCAUUCCAACAAGGGGUUUUAAUGUAGUUUUUUUUCCCUUUUUUUUGCACCCAUGCUGUUGAUUGCUAAAUGUAAUGGUCUGAUCAUGACGCUAAAUAAAUGUCUUUUUAAAUGUGCUGUGUAAAGUUAGUCUACUCUUAAGCCAUCUUGGUAUAAAACUGCCCCGACAGUGUGAAGCGUAGACUCCGUUGAGGGUGGUGCCAGGUUGCUUUGAAACAUACAUACAAAUAACUUGAAGACUGCUUGGGCAGAGGAGCCACUCUUGUCAGAGACCUUGGUUGUUAGUUGCACUGACAGUUGCUGUUUUGUAACCUGGAGUUCACCAUUAAAAAUGGUCACCCAAGCAAAUUAAUUACAUUUAUUUGGUUAUAAAAAAUGGUUGUUGGCACAUCCUAUGCAAUAUAUCUAAAUUAAAUAAUGGUAGCAGAUAAAAUUACAGAUGGAGUUGGAACUUAUGUAUCAUCCAUUAUCAUGUGUAAUCAAUAAACAAUUUAAUCUUGA